CCGAAGCCGAGUCAUAAAUCAUUCAUGAGCGGGGGCCGGGCGAGCAGGGCUGGGAGGAAAGAGGGGGGCGGCAGCGGCGGCGAGGGCUGACCGGUAGCUGGACCGGGUGCACGGGAUGGUGCUUUGAUCGACUGACCGUCCCCCCACCCCCCCACAGCCGAGAAGUUUCUCUGCCACCCUUCACCGCGUGCCAACCCAGCCAGAAAGCCAAGGAUUCUGCAGACUCAGACCUCGCCACGCCUUCCCCAAGGCUUCCAGAACCUCUGAAGAGGGAGGCCCCCAGUUCUGCCUCAUGUUUGGGGCAUCUUGCUAGCUAUGGCCCUUCUCCUCCGCUUCCUGCUGCUGCUGGGGCUUUAUGGGGACACCAUGUCAGAGGGGCCGCCGCCAUCAUCCGCAUACAUUCCUGAUGGUUUGGAAUUUGAAUUUCCUCCAACGAGCUAUGAGACCAGAGAUUCUUAUGAAGCUGGACCUACUGGCAUCCUCUUUCAAAUUGUGCACAUCUUCCUCCACAUGGUGCAGCCGAAUGCCUUCCCUGAAGAUAUUUUAAGAAAAGUUGUACAGAAGGAGUUUGACCUGUCAACGGAUUAUGAGAAGAUUAUCUACUAUGAGAUCGGGAUUAUUAUCUGUGCUGUCCUGGGAUUGCUGUUCAUUAUUCUGAUGCCUCUGGUGGGGUUUGUCUUUAGUUUGUGUCGUUGCUGUAACAAGUGUGGUGGAGAAAUGCACCAGCGACAGAAGAAAAAUGGGGCCGCCCUCAAGAGCUACUUCACACUCUCCCUCUUGGUGAUUUGUAUAUUUAUAAGCUUUGGUAUCAUCUAUGGUUUUGUGGCGAACCAACACAUAAGGACUCACAUUGAAAAGACUCGGAAAUUGUCAGAAAGUAAUUUCAACGACUUGAGAACCCUCCUGAAUGCAACUCCAGGGCAAAUUGACUACGUACUGGACCAGUAUACCACCACGAAGGCAAGGGCAUUCUCAGAUCUGGACAAUAUUAAGUUGUUGCUGGGAGACGGAAUUUUCAAACAGCUCAAACCUAGAGUGGUCCCUGUGCUGGAUGACAUCGAGGCCAUGGCAGAAGAAAUCCAAGAGACCAGAGAAACCCUGGUCGAAGUGAACAGUAUCUUAACGGACAUGAGACAGUUAUCUGCAAAUCUUAGCAACAGCCUGAGUAACGUUAAAGGGAACCUGGAGCAAGCACUCACUGACCCCAUGUGCUCUGUGCAUCCGGUAAUGACCACUUGCAGCAACAUUAUGAACUCUCUAGGCCUUCUGGAUGGCAGCAUCGAUUUUGAUCAGCUCCCAUCUUUGGAUGAACAAAUUGGUAACCUUAAUGAUAUUCUUCAAACAAAUUUGUCCAGCCUAGUCCAAAAGGGCUAUAGAUCUUUCAAUGCUAUCCCUGGGAUAGUGCAAAAUGAAACCGUGAACGUCGUAUCAGAUGUCAAAAUGACGUUGGAUUCCAUUGGUUCUGAUAUCAAAAAUAUAAGCAAAAAUAUUCCUAUUCAGGAUAAGCUGUCAAAUUUCAUUCGUUACCUUAAUGACACUGAAAAUUACAUCCACCGCCAUUUACCCACUUUGGAAGAAUACGAUUCAUACAGGUGGCUGGGUUCCUUGGUUGUCUGCUGUUUACUGACCCUCAUAGUGAUUUUUUAUUUCCUGGGCUUGUUGUGUGGCACGUACGGCUACGACCAGAAUGCCACCCCAACCAGACGAGGCUGCGUCUCAAACACUGGAGGCAUCUUCCUCAUGGUCGGGGUUGGAUUCAGUUUCUUCUUUUGUUGGCUAUUGAUGACCAUCGUGGUUCUGACUUUUGUUGUUGGUGGAAAUGUGGAAAAACUGGUCUGUGAACCUUACCAAAACAAAAUGUUAUUCCAGGUUUUGGACACGCCAUAUUUACUAAAUGCCGAUUGGAAAUACUAUCUCUCUGGCAUGGUAUUUAACAAACCAGAUAUUCAUCUCACUUUUGAACAAGUUUACAGUGAUUGCAAAGAAAAUAAAGGCAUUUAUGCCACACUUAAGCUAGAGAACACCUACAAUAUCAGUGAACAUCUCAGCAUUAAAGAGCAUACCGGAAACAUAAAUAAUAAUUUUGAAAAUAUGAAUAUAAGAAUUGACAAUAUAGUUCUGCUGGAUGAGGCAGGAAGAAGAAACCUUAUGGAUUUCAGUUCUUCAGGAAUAGACAAAAUAGACUAUGGUGCCUUCAUGGCUGCGACUGGGAAAAAUCCCACAAAAGUGAAUCUUUUAUCAUUUGCAAAUGACCUAGAAGUAAAAGCCAACCAUUUGCCCCCAGGAAAUUUGAAACAGACCCUGAAAAAUAAUGCAGGAAUCUUAAGAAAUAUUCAUCGUGACGAAAUCAUUCCUUUGCAAAAAUUAAUGAGUGCUGUGCACCAAAAAUUGAAGGAGCUUCAACAGAAAAGCAGUGGAUUGGGGGUGAAAGUGGCCAAUAUCAUUCGCUUUUUGGAUUCUGCUCAGGACUUCAUCACAAACCGAAUCUCCACAAUUAUUGCUGAAGAAAGUAAGAAGUAUGGGAAUACGAUAAUCAGCUACUUUGAACAUUAUCUGCAGUGGGUCAAAAUCUCUAUCACUGAGCAAAUGGCAGCCUGCAAACCAGUGGCCAACGCUCUAGAUUCGGCUAUUGAUGUCUUUCUGUGCAGCUACAUUAUUGACCCCCUGAAUUUGUUUUGGUUUGGUAUAGGAAAAGCUACCGCAUUUUUACUUCCGGCUAUCAUUUUUGCCGUAAAGCUGGCUAAGUACUACCGUCGAAUGGAUUCUGAAGAUGUAUAUGACGAUGAUGUUGAAACUAUACCCAUGAAAAAAUAUGGAAAAUGCUAAUAUUGGUUCUCGUAGACAUCAAGCCUCCAGUGUGGAAAAUGCCAAUAUUGGUUCUCGUAGACAUUGAGGCACCCAGACAAAUUGAACAAAGUUUUUAAACAGCUCCAACUGCAUGAGUUCAUGACCUGCAGCAUCUAUUGGGAAAGAAACCUUCUGUUCAGGAGCUUACAGAGUUCAGUGAGGUCACACAGAGUAUGCACUGACCGGCCUAAGAGUGGAAAGCGCACACGCCUAUUUUUUAGAAGUUUUGCUCUAAUCAUCUGAGCCGUCUAUGAAAAUUUAAAUAUGUAAAACAUUCAUGAAUUCCCAGUUUAGCCUUUGGAGCAAGACAGGAAUUUGGGCACAUUUCGUCCAAUGGGAACUUCGACUCCUAGUUAGACAAAGUCCAGAAAAUAGCAAAUCUGUGUGUGAACAAUAA